CCUUGGGCGGUACAAAUACCAGGGCUCCCCGCGGUCGCUCAGCAGUGACGCGACGCUCAACCGGUGAUCUGUACGUGCGCGCCCUCGCUCCUUCCUCUUUCUCGACUCCAUCUUCACGGUAGCGGCAGCUGACACCGCGGUUCAGUCGCCAACAUGCAGCUCUUCGUCCGCGCCCAACAGCUACACACCCUCGAGGUGACUGGCCAGGAGACGGUCGCCCAGAUUAAGGCUCAUGUAGCCUCACUGGAGGGCAUUGCCCCGGAAGAUCAAGUCGUCCUCCUGGCAGGCACGCCCCUGGAGGAUGAGGCCACCCUGGGCCAGUGCGGGGUGGAGGCCCUGACCACCCUGGAAGUAGCAGGCCGAAUGCUCGGAGGUAAAGUCCAUGGUUCCCUGGCCCGUGCUGGGAAAGUGAGAGGUCAGACUCCUAAGGUGGCCAAACAGGAGAAGAAGAAGAAGAAGACAGGCCGGGCUAAGAGGCGGAUGCAGUACAACCGGCGCUUUGUCAACGUUGUGCCCACCUUUGGCAAGAAGAAGGGCCCCAAUGCCAACUCUUAAGUCCUUUGUAAUUCUGGCUUUCUCUAAUUAAAAAAAGCCACUUAGUUCAGUCAUC